AUGGCAUCGACCAGGGAGACGGACAAUAUGAAGCCUGAUGCUGUGCCUGUGCGUGAGAAGGCGGAAAGCGUGGCUUCUGAUAGCGACAACAGUAUCGACAAGCACACCGCAACGCCCAAGGCCAACAACGAGGAUGCGCAAGAGGCCAAGAAGGAUGGUCCGCCUGCUGGUGCACCUCCUCGAGGCGGUCCUGGAGGGCCUCCCCCUCCGCCCGGAGGCUAUCCAGGCAUGAAAGAAACAGUCAUGGUCAUGAGCGCUCUGCUACUGGCAAUCUUCCUCAUGGCGCUGGAUCGAACAAUCAUUGCAACUGCAGUACCACAGAUUACGAACGAGUUCAACAGUCUGGAUGACAUUGGCUGGUAAGGAAGUCCACAACUCGGAACCCAACCGCAAGCUAAGCUGAUACACCUUCUUCCUUAGGUAUGGAAGCGCCUUCAUGCUCACAGCCUGCGCCUUCCAACUUCUCCUCGGAAGAAUCUACACCUUCUUCUCGCCCAAAUACGUCUUCUUGACCAUCAUCUUCAUCUUCGAGAUUGGGUCUGCGAUCUGUGGUGCUGCGCCCAAUUCGAUUGCCUUCAUCAUUGGAAGAGCCAUUGCGGGAGCUGGAAGCGCCGGUAUCAUGUCUGGCGCUAUUGUUCUCAUGCUCAAUACCGUUCCGCUGCAGAAGAGACCCAUGUAUCAGGGCUUCUUUGGUGCUUGCUUUGGCAUUUCGAGCGUCAUUGGGCCUUUGAUGGGUGGUGCUUUUACUACCAAUGUUACCUGGAGAUGGUGAGUACUCAAUCCCAGUGGUCGUGAUAUGUUUGCUAACCUCUCUUUGAAGGUGCUUCUACAUCAACCUUCCCAUUGGCGGCGUUGCCAUGGCCAUCAUCGCUUUCAUCCUCAAGCCCAUGCCUCCGGUACGCAAAGGCUUGACGCUCGGCCAAAUGCUCCUGAACCUCGACUUGCUCGGCGAAUUCUUCUUCAUGCCCUCUAUCGUCUGCCUGCUCCUUGCUCUCCAAUGGGGCGGAAGCACCUACGCCUGGUCCGACGGCCGCAUCAUCGCCCUCUUCAUCGUCUUCGGCGCAAGCUUCAUCGCCUUCAUCCUAGUUCAAGUCUUCAUGCAAAAGACCGCCACGAUCCCGGCUUCCAUCAUCAAGAACCGCAACAUUGUCUCUGGCAUGUGGUUCACGCUCUUCCUUGCCUCUUCCAUGACUACCAUGGUCUAUUUCAUCCCCAUCUGGUUCCAAGCCGUCAAGGGCACCUCGGCCGUGAAGUCUGGAAUCGACACCAUCCCGCUCGUCCUCUCCCUCGUACUGGGAAGCAUUUCCGCUGGUCAGCUCGUUAGCAGGAUCGGAUACUAUACCCCUUUCGCCAUGCUCAGUUCGAUCUUCAUGCCCAUCGGAACCGGUCUCAUCACGACAUGGCAGGUCUCCACGGGAAGCGGAAUGUGGAUCGGCUAUCAAAUCCUCUUCGGUUUCGGCAUCGGAGUAGGGAUGCAACAAGGUUCCAUCGCCGCGCAGACCGUUCUGAACGGAAAAGAUAUCCCCACGGGCGUCGCGCUCAUGUUCUUCUGCCAGCAAUUCGGGGGUGCAAUAUUCGUUUCCGUCGGUCAGAAUCUCCUGUCUACGCGGUUGGUUUCGGGGCUAGCUGGGAUCAUCGAUUCCAGCCAGAUUGUCAAUACGGGAGCGACGGAGUUGAGGAAAUUGGUUCCUGCACAGGAGUUGGACACGGUGUUGGAGGUGUAUAAUGGGGCUUUGAGGAGGGUUUUCAUUAUGGCUUGUAUCUUGGCUUGCUUCACGGCGCUGGGCUCCUUCACUCUGCAGUUCAAGACUGUGAAGAAGGGGGGACCUGGAGGACCGCCUCCUCCUGGGAAGGGUGCGGCGGGUCCUCCUCCUGAGAAGGUGGAACAGAAGGUAUAG